AUGGGCAAAGCGGCGGGGGACCCGCCGGACUCGGCCGGAGGAGGCGGCGCGGAGAGCUCGCGGGAGGAAGCGCCUGGCGAGGAGGGGCGCGGCCGCCGCCGGUGGUGGCGCUGCGCGGCCGCGGUGCUGCUCGGCGCCGCCGUGGUGCUGUCGGCGCUCUUCUGGCUGCCACCGUUCGCGGCGCGGCGGCGGCGGGAGGACCAGGCGCGCAGGGACCCCUGGGCCGGAGCUGAUGUGGUUGCAAGCUUCAGGCUGCAAAGAAUGAUUUCUGAGCUUUGUGGAAAUAAAUCAAACCUUGAGUAUGAUAUUUUUGAAGAGAUUGGCAUUAACAAUUUUGUGGUAUCUGUACUUUCAUUGGAGCCAACUGGGGAAUCAAACUGGACUAUUGUGACUUUUGGACUCUGGCCCUAUCCUAGUAAUUUCACCUUAUCACCAACAGAGUUAAGCAUACUGAGGUCAUCUUUGGUGACCUUGGUUAUACAGCAGUCUAUCCUCCAUUUGACACCAUCUCUGUUUGGGAAUUCUUAUUCUUUUGAGAUCUUGAGGUUUCCUGGUGGCAUAACGAUUAUACCUCCACAAACUGCUUUUGUUCCUCAGAAGCCUGAUGGCUUAUUUAAUUUCUCGUUGAACUUUCCCAUUGAUGUGGUACAAGACAAACUGAGUGAAUUGAAGGCCCAGAUGAAAUCUGGAUUAUUUCUUAACGAACAUGAGAUCCUAUAUGUUACACUGACAAAUCUGUAUUGUUCAACAGUUGCACCUCCUACUGUUGUUCAAGCGUGUGUUCUCCUUGCUGUUGGGGCAGAUAACAAACCACCAUCCUUGCAAAGACUAAAACAGUUAGCCCAAACAUUAAGAAAUUCUUCUUCUGGAAACUUGGGUUUGAACCACACUGUGUUUGGACGAGUUAAGCAGCCCAUCAGGAUCACAAUUCUGACCAUGGUCACCACCACCAUCAUCACCACAACCACCAUCACCAUCAUCACCACCAUGAUCAUAGUCAUCAAAAUUUGCAGCAUUUGUCCCCUGCCCCAGCUCCUCUUCACAGCACUACUUUUCCCAGCUGUGAUUCUACCUGUAAACGCAAGAAAGAACAUAGCACUCCUAAGCACCAUUCAUCUCCCUUCAGGGGUCCUCGCCCUAUUGUGCCCGCAGCUUCUCCAAAUAGUUAUGAAGCUUCAGGCUCAUAUGUACAUCCACCUCCACCAUCAUUUCAUCCAAGGAUUCCAUCCUCUCCACUUCCUGAUGUUGUUUUUCAUGCAAUGCCACCCAGUAUGA